AUAAUGUUAAUGAUUCAGUGGAUCAACUAUCUUGAAUCUCCUUGGUUAUAAUGACAUCACUAAUGCUGCAUAAUCAAGAAAGUGAAAACAAGAAAUUGAUGUUUGAGAGUGUGGAAAGCAGCAUUUUACUAUACCAUUUCAAGAUUGUGCUCGUUUUACUUUAGAGAUGAAAGUGGGAAACCACGCGGAAGCAAUGGCCCCUUUUUAUCCAUAAGCUGCUCUGCAAAGAUAAGUAAAUGAUUGUCCCGUCAUCCACAGCUUUCUUCUGCUGCAAUGUACGCAUUCCUGAGUCUCAAUUCCCUUAUAAUUCAUCUCUUUCCGACAACCUGAAGGACAUACUUAGAGCUGCUGCUGCACGCUGGUUAUUGGUUUUCAGAGGUGUGCCCGUUUCCCUUUCUGAUCUAAAGAUGGCACUGGUACUGGGAACAGUGAUUAACAGCCUGGGAUCAAUAGUGAGGAUUCUAUGGUGUCUGCAAGAGAGGCGCUUCUCUGCCACAUUCAAUGCAGUGAGGUCAGCCACUGCGUCCCUCACCAUGGCACUUAUGGUUUGCUUGUCUGCUCAUGGAAUCAGGACAUCCACAGAACGGGGUGUUUUCUACAUUUGACCGUUUAUCCUAUCAUUUUCUCUAUUACUUCAUUUCAGCAUUAAUUAUUUGUAUUCUAAUUUCAUGUGGGUUUAGGUAAAUUGCAUCAGCAUCAGCUGUUUAUGUAAAUUACAAGCACUGUAUUGUGUCUUGUUGCUAAGAUUCAAUGAGAUGAAUGUGUAAUAAAUACUUUAGUAAACAAUUGCAAAGAAC